AUGUCUGUUCAUGGCAUUGGCCUAUAGAACCUGAAAUUAAUUUUGUUAUAACAGUUUGGCUUGGGCAUUUUCCUAUUUUAAUAUAACAAAACCAGGCCCAUAAAAGUAAAAAGUUGAUCAUGAUUACAAAUAAGCAGGUAUUGACAAGGCAUAGAUAACACUUGCACUAUGUGAGCAUCACUAAACAUCGUGUAAACUUUGUCAUCCAUAAUCAUCAGCUAUUAUCAGAUGGCUUAUGACUCUUCCUGGGUGUUACAUGUUCAGUGGCAUGUCUUUUUGACAACAGCCAUGAGCGAAGGGUCUAAAUAUCAAAGAAGUCCAAAGGUCAGAUACAUUUAUGACAGAAACUUACUGAUUACAUGCUCGCUCACCUGUCUCUUCCUCUCUCUUUCUCUCUGUGUCAGACUGUACUGUUCUCUCUUCAAACGUCCUUUUCAGACAAAUUUUCUUGUUGGCAGUUUUACUAUUUUAAAGAUGUCUAAGGCAGAGAAAAAUGUUUGGAGUGUUGAAGACUAUUUCCAGGAACGAGGGCCAACGGUCACAUUCAGCAACUUGCACUACAGUGUUCAAGAGACGAGGUUCUGCUGCAAGAGAGGUCCAGAAAAACACAUCCUCAACGAUGUAAGUGGCAUUAUGAGACCUGGGAUGAAUGCCAUUAUGGGCGCCACUGGAAGUGGUAAAACAUCACUUUUGGACGUGAUCGCAGGAAGAAAAGACCCAGCUGGACUGAAGCAAGGAAAAGUGCUGGUGGAUGGCAAAACCGUCACGUCUGACCUCAGGCUCAGCUCUGCCUAUGUGGUCCAGGAUGAUAUCCUAAUGGGCACUCUGUCUGUGAGGGAGAACCUCCUGUUCAGCGCCAACCUGCGUCUCAACCCUCAACAUCACUCCACCAAGGAUAAAAAAAGCAGAGUAGAUGCCAUCAUACAAGACCUUGGCCUAACAGACUGCGCAGACACUAAGAUAGGAACAGAGUUUCUGCGUGGCGUAUCUGGAGGUGAAAGGAAGAGGUGUAGCAUUGGGAUGGAGCUCAUCACCUCUCCCUCUCUGCUGUUUCUGGAUGAACCGACCACCGGACUGGAUUCGAACACUGCAAACUGCAUCAUUGGUCUACUGCACAAGCUGUCCAGAAGAGGUAAGACUGUGAUCUUCUCCAUCCACCAACCACGCUACUCCAUCUUCAGACAGUUUGACCACCUGACUUUGAUGCACAAAGGGGAGGUGGUGUACGCAGGAGCAGCACCCAAUGCACUGGGAUAUUUCACAAACCUUGGCUACCAAAUUGAGUCCUUCGACAACCCUGCUGAUUUCUUCAUGGACAUCACAAACGGAGAGGCAAAGUCAACAUUAGAAUCACAGACUGCAGUCGAGCUUAAAAACUCAUUGGCAGCCAAGUAUCGCCAGUCCCAACUGUGCCAUGAUGUGCUUGCGGAGUUGGACCAUAUGAACCAGAUCAUUGCUGAAGGGCCCAAAGGUCAAGACGAGGCAGCCGACUAUGCUACCUCUUUCCUUUAUCAGAUGCGAGUGGUGUGUGGCAGAACGGUACUGAACAUUCUGAGGAACCCGCAGACCUCUUACGCCCAGUUGGCUCUCAACAUUUUCUUUGCCAUUCUGGUGGGACUCAUUUACUACCAGAUGCCUUUAACGCUGCCCGAGGCAUUACAGAACAGGAGCGGGGCGUUCUUCUUCCUUAUCAUCAACAUGGUGUUUGGGAAUCUCUCUGCUGUUGAACUCUUUAUCAAUGAAAGGGCAAUCUUCAUUCACGAGAACUCCAGUGGCUAUUACCGCACGUCUGUCUACUUCCUGUCCAAGAUCUUUGCUGAUCUCAUUCCCAACCGCAUCAUCCCCAUCUUUGUGUUUUCAGCCAUCGCCUACUAUAUGAUGGGACUGAAGCCUGCCUUUGAGGCCUUCAUAUGUUUCGCCCUGACCAUGUCUCUGGUCAGUCUGGCAGGAGUAGGUCUGGCCUUCCUCGUCUCAGCUAGCGUAUCUUCAUUCGCCAUGGCUAACAUCCUCAUUGCCCUACCCUUCGUCUUUAUGAUGGUCUUUGGUGGUUAUCUUGUCAAUCUCAAUGCCAUGCUGAGCUGGCUCUCUUGGCUGAAAUGGAUCAGUAUCUUCAGAUAUGGACUGAAUGCUGCAUUCAUCAACGAGUUCACAGGCCAGUUUUUCUACAGCAACAACAUCAGUAUCCCAGGGGAGCUGUUCCUGAAAGAACAGGACAUGGACUACUCUGUGUGGGGCUUCUGGCAGAACCAGGUGGCUCUGUUGGGAAUCAUAUUGGUCUGCAUGAUCCUGGCGUAUGUACAGCUGCGACGAAUCAACCGCUGGAAAUGAUGCCCGUCCAUCUGUUAAUGUACUCAUCAGCCGUGUAAUGUGUCUUCAGAUUUUAUCUUAUUUAUUUUAACAGGCCUCAAUGAAAUACAGACAUUCAUUUUGGGGGAAAAAAGAAAAUAUGAUUUCUAUUAUUAUUCAAAAUCAAAACAUUGGUUAACCAUUACACAUGGUAUCUCUCUCUGUCUGUCACUCACUCACGCUCUCACAGAUAAACACACGUGUCGUAACAUUUGACUCCCAGGUGGAUAAGCUGCCACUAAGCACACUUAGUCUGUGCACGAGGGAAUGUACCGCAACCGCCAAGUCAGCGUCUAAGUCCUUACAAAGCUACUUACAGUGACUGACACAACAUCAAGCCGCAGUAAGAAAAGAUAUAUAGAGUAUUCUAUAUAUUAUGGUAUAUUAUUGGGGAAUAGUUUAGUUUAAAAAUUCACCUUUUUCCAUGUAAAAAUAAUGGUCAAUGCAAAAAGCUAUUCCCUUUAUUUGUUGCCUAACAGCAAAGGAAUUGUCAUUUUAUUUUCAGUGUAAUAUACCUUUUUUGUUACAAAAAUUAUGUUGUUAUGUUGAAUUAAGUUUUUAAAAAAUUACACUGAUAACUUAUCAUGAGGUACAGUCAUAAAACCAUGUAAAACUUGAUUACAGGGCAUGGAAAAGAUUCACACAUGGCAGAAAAGCAUUCAAAAAAACCCUGGUUUUAAGGUUUGAAGAUCAUCUUAUUCCUCUCUGUCUGACUGUUUCACAUCUAGCAUAUUCUGUAUCAUGCUUCAGCUCUUUAUUGAAGCUAUAUAUUUACAUCAAAUGAAAUCUUCAACCCCCAGAACUCGGGAUUUUUAUGGCUGUAGCAUUGCAUUAAAAGGAAAAAGUCUAGAUGUCUUUGCGUCAUUUUAACAACAUUUCCCCAAAAUGAAUCUUAUUUGUAAUCUUUGGAUACUUUUGUAUCUGUACUAGAUUUAAAAUAAGACUCAGUGUUGGGUUUGAAUAAUGUUGCCUGCACAGCAUGAGUUGGACAAACAAUCAUUGGGGUAAAAGGGGUUAACGAUGAUCACCAUUUUUGUGUAAAUUGGUAAAGUUUUAUUGACAUGUGUGUUGAAGUUGUUAACAGGAAAGGAAAGUGUGACAAAGAUGACCCAGGUUUCUGUUCCUUUGCGGGGACCUAGAGCAAAACCGUGUAGAUCGGCCAGCUGCAGGUCCGUCAGCCCGUGCUCUCAGCUCCCUCUCACUCCCAGUGCAUAAUAUGUAAUCAGUUUAUUUUAAAACAUCCCCCCUGUACACAGUGCACUCUCAUAACGAGUUCAGCUGUAUCUUAUCAAGAUAUGUUUUUAUGUGUCAGCAUUUCAGAAAUAAAUCAAU